AUGAAUAUGAAGAUAAAGUACAAAUAUAGUACAUUCGUUUUUGUAGGAUGUCAUAGUCACGCAGCAUCGACAUUACUAUAUGAACAAAUACUAGUUGUCGGUGGGCAAAACAGGGAUAUUUUAAAUAGUGCAGAAUUGUAUGAUCCAUCAACAUACAUGAGGACAACAACUGGUAGUAUGAACACUAUACGGAGAGGUCAUUCAGCAAUAAUAUUAAGAGAUGGAAAAGUGCUAGUCGCUGGUGGAUACAACGGUGGUUAUCUCCAGAGUGCUGAAUGGUAUAACUCAUCAACUGGUACUUGGAAAACGACUGGUGAUAUGAAUCAUGCUCGAUUCCUUCAUACUGCAUCUAUAUUAGUAAAUGGACAAGUUUUAGUAACAGGAGGAUCGUCUGAUAGUAGUUCUUAUCUCAACAGUGCUGAGUUAUACGAUCCAAAUACCGGAUGA